AUGCUGCAAAAGACAACCAAACAGAAUGAUACAACUAUCGGACUAUCGGAUAAUCCUAAUAAAAUAUUUUUAAUAACGAAAUCCAAGGUUUGUAGAGGAAACAAGUCUGUUAUUCGCGUGCUGAACAUCAAUCCUAUAAAGAAUUUGGCCAUAUCUCAAGAUUGUCCAGUGAAGAAACAGAAGAUAGAUGAGAACAUGAAGAAAUCUUAUGCCACUGUGGGCACAAUGGGUCGAUCACCAAGCCCGCGGCGACGCGACGAUAGACGAAGAGAAGACAGAAGGGACCGUGAUAGAGAUCGUGACAGGAGAAGGCAGCGUACCCGGUCUCGUUCCCGGUCUCUAGAGCGAAGACGGCGCUCCCCUGACCGCCGUAGAUCACCAUCGCCGCGUCGCCGCCGUUCUCGAUCUUUAUCACCAACUCCUACCACCUCUUUUGUGCCUAAGCCAAAAAAGACGUUCGGAGAGCGUCCCAUAGUGACUCCAGCUGAUUUGGAGGGAAAAACUCCUGAAGAACAGGAAAUGUUAAAGGUUAUGGGUUUCUGCGGCUUUGACACCACUAAAGGUAAGAAAGUUGACGAUAAUGUCGAAGCCUUUAAGUACGCUGUAAGUCCGUUAUCGCAGUACCCGCGCGCUGCAUACGCCCGCGCGGGCCCGGUUUGCGCUCCGGCGCCCCAAGAAGCGCCCUGGAGUUUGUUCGGACGGCCUGUGACCCAGUUUCACAAACUCCUGCACGGUUGCCGAACAGAAAGAAUUUCAGACAUCUCUUUCACUUGUUUGAAAUAUAUGGCAAUUGUGCUUGCUGAGAUGCGUUCUCGAUCUUUAUCACCAACUUCUACCACCUCUUUUGUGCCUAUGCCAAAAAAGACGUUCGGAGAGCGUCCCAUAGUGACUCCAGCCGAUUUGGAGGGAAAACUCUUGAAGAACAGGAACAGGAGAUGCGUCUAGCCAAUUUUCUCCAGUAAAGUGAACCUAAAAUGUUUAUAUCAGUAGACAGAGGUCAACAUACGAUAUUCUUCCUGUUUGGCAACUAUUAUGUCAAGACAUAUUAUAUUAACUUUAAAAAUAAAAAACAUAAAUUCUUUUCUUUGUAAUUAUCUGAUGAUAUAUUUAAACUAGUGAAACUGCACUAUUUUUUUUUAUGUAUGUACUUAAGUAUAUUAUAUAAAAUACAGUGACUUUUUAGACAAAUAUGAUCAAUAAUAAACACUGAUUCAUUCCCACUGUAUAUACCACAAUUAAUUUAUUAAUGAUUUUGUAUUUUCAAAAUAUAUAAAAAAAUAAAAUUGUAUUUCAAUGUACAGUCACAUUCAAUCUAAACCGUUCAAAUUCAAUGUUAUAUAUUCAGUGUAGCUGUUAAUAAGCAUAGGCUAGUGCUAGACUAAAAAAAUUGCUAUUGUAUAGAAUCAGACUCUAAAAGAUUUUUUAUAGUUGAGCCCAGUGUAAAUCACGCUUAAAAAAUGUAUACCUAUAUUCUUCAUGUGAAUUAAACAUUGUUUGGUUUGAUUAGUUAGUACAAACCUUGAUGACAUAUUAUUAAUAGACGCAAGAUAAUAUCAGAUUAAGCCAGUAGUUCUGAAACAUUUUGGAUUUGGAUUUUUGCGGAUCUUCUACCUAAGCUAUGCAGGCUCCAAGGAGCACAUUCGUCUCUGUUUAAUGACGUUUGUGCGACUUAAACUUGUAUCAGUAAUGUCGCUUUAAUCUAAUGAUAAUUUUAAUAGACGUUUGUGCAACUGGCUGCAUGAUUCACGAUUUAAUGUGAUAAUCAAUGGCACAUUCGAUUGCACGUGACUGUACAUGUUUCGAAUGAUCUGUAAAGGUUGAUUUUCUUUUAGUUAUUAAGACGAAUAUGAGCAUCCUUGGAUUUAGGUUUUUCAAUACAUUUACAAUAUGAAUAAAAUUUUAGAAAUCCAAUAAAAGUUGUACAACUCUGGAGUAACAAAUAAUUAAAAUGUCACUAACUUUACUUCUGACGUCAUUCGAUGAGCUCUAUUAUGGAAAAUAAAAUCAAUCGAUUCGUUAAGAAAACUGUGACGAAAGAUGAUUUCUGUUGGUUGAUCUAUGCACCAUAUUUUAAUACAUACAAACAUUUAUUGUUUGAAGGUACUUAUUUUUAGUAUUUACUAACCGUUUUUUCUAUCAUUGUACUACCACUAAAUAAUGGUCUCGUAAUUUUUAAUUUGAAAAUAACUUGUUAAUUUUAGGGUCGUUGUAAAUCUCACUGAUCAUUUUUAUUCAUGCACUGACCCUUGUGCAAAACAGG